AGUUGAUGAUGUGAUGUUGGUGUUGUGAGAUCAAACGAGUUACACAAACAAAAGCUCAUCAUGAAACUAUUGCCGCUAUUGUUACUGACCUUGCUAGGUCUUUUCCACCUUGCGCCGCAGACGCAGGGGGCGAAAAUAUUGUUGACUUUGGGUUUUCCGGGUCGCUCCCAGUAUAUUUUUGUUGAGUCGUACUUCAAAGCAUUGGCAGCCCGUGGACAUGAAGUGACCGUCAUCAGCCCCUUUAAAAACAAACCUGUUCCCAAUGUUAGAUUCAUACUCGCUCCCAAAAUUAAUGAUCAUUACGAUGAAAUUCUUGCGGGUAUGAAUGUUCCUGGCAUUUGGGCACAACAGAAAGUCUUCUCAGAGAUGCUUGUAAAUAUCUGUGAUUGUGUUCUCUCUGAGCCAGCUGUUCAGAAACUGAUGCAUUCCGGUGAAAAGUUCGAUGUGGUCUUGGCCGAGAUGGUGCAGACAGAAUCUUUAUUUGGACUGGCACAACAUUUCAAUGCAUCGCUCAUUGGCUUCUCAAGCUAUGGCAAUGAUUAUCGUAUUGAUCUUCAUAUGGGAAAUAUAUCGCCGCUUUCCUAUAAUCCACUACCCACAUUGCCUCUUUCGAAUCCAAUGACAUUUUCGGAACGUCUUAGUAACAAAUGGGAAGUUUGGGUGGAAAAAGCCGCUCAUUACUGGAUCCACUCGCCAGCUAUGGAAAAGCAGUAUGCCAAAUACUUCCCCAAUGCGAAGAAGACACUCGAUGAAGUCUUGGAUAGUUUUGAUUUCAUGUUACUGGGCCAGCAUUUUACUCUGAGUUAUCCACGACCCUAUUUGCCCAACAUGAUUGAAGUAGGCGGACUUCACAUUGCUCACAAGCCGAAGCCACUGCCGGAGGAUAUCAAACAGUUUAUUGAGAGUUCACGUGAUGGUGUCAUUUAUUUCUCAUUGGGAUCGAAUGUGAAGAGCAAAGAUUUGCCACAGGAAACGCGUGAUACUCUAUUGAAAGUGUUUGGAGGUCUCAAGCAACGUGUACUUUGGAAAUUUGAGGAUGACAACAUGCCCAACAAGCCGGACAAUGUGUUCCUCAGCAAAUGGUUCCCGCAACCCGACAUUCUGGCUCACAAAAAUGUUAAGCUUUUCAUCAGUCAUGGUGGACUUCUGAGUACCAUUGAAAGUGUAUUCUUUGGCAAGCCCAUUUUGGGAUUGCCCGUUUUCUACGAUCAGUUCAUGAAUGUCAAACGCGCCGAGCGCAUGGGCUUUGGUCUGGGAUUGGAUCUGCAGAACCUAAAGCAGGCCGAGUUGGAGAAAACCAUCAACACUCUGCUAACCACGCCAAGCUAUGGAAAUGCUGCCGCCCUCAUCUCAGAACGCUAUCGCGAUCAGCCAGAAUCAUCGCUGGAACGUGCAGUUUGGUGGACGGAAUACGUGAUCCGUCACAAGGGAGCUCCACAUAUGCGGGCGACAUCGCGAGAUUUGAAUUUCUUCCAACUGCAUGGCUGGGAUACCUCUGCGGUGCUACUUGGUCUGCCGCUUCUAGCACUUGUUGUGCUGGUCAAGCUGAGCUGUUGGCUGCUUAGAAAAGUCUUUGCAACAAAACCAAAACGAACUGAUAAGCAAAAGAAGCAUUAGGGACAUUUAAUUUUAUCAAAUUAUCAAUUUGUUAUCAAUUGUAUAGUUGCUACCAAUUAAGUAAUCGUAUUAAAUUGAAUUGCUGUAUUGUGAAA